AUGGCUGGCGCUGCCUCAAAAUCAGGAAGCAGCAUGCCUGGUGGAUGGGGGAAGGGUGAAGAACAGAAGUCAACAUACUCAGUUGAGCAAGAUAUCCAAGACCAUGGCGAGAACCUCGUUGCCGGUGUCAUCGGCAAGACAGGAGAAGUCGUAGAUGAGACCGGCAAGACCGUCGGCAAGGUCACAGAAGGCGAAGCUGGCGAUCUCGUCGGCAACGUCGUGACAGCGACCGGAGACAUCAUCGGAAAGGACGGUGGUGUCAUCGGCAAGGCCCUACCUUUGGGCGAGCUCACCGAGAGCGUUGCCGGAGGUGAGAGCAAGGAGGGCGGAAGCUUCAGCAUCAUGGGCGCUACCAAGGGCGUCAAGGGCAUUGUCGACACCGUCGACGGCACUGUUCAGACCGUCAACAGGACAUUGCCUCUCGUCGGCGAUCUGACGAAGGGCAUUGGUCUGGGCGAAGGCCAGGGCGGUGUCCUCGGCGGUGUUACCGGUGGCGAUGGCCAGAGUGGUCUCCUCUCAGGCGUCCUCGGCGGCGGUGACGAGAAGUCACAGUCCGGUAUUGUCGGUGGCACACUCGGCAGUGUCAUCGGCGGCGGCAAGAGCGAGAAGGGCGAGCAAUCAGGCCUUCUCGGCGGCGUUUUGGGCGGCACUCAGCCUCUUGAACGCGACGACACCGUCACCGAGAAGGACGAGAAGCUCACCCAGCUCCUCUCCAAUAGGCCAGAAGACCCUGAGGACAAGAUCUCCCUGACAGAGGACGCCAAGAAGAGCCUUUUCGAGGACAACGACAAGACCUCCGAAGUGGCACCCGUGGAUCUCCAGGACUCCGCCCCACAAGAACUGAACGGCAAGCUCACCACUGGAGACAACACCCAAUCGGAGACCGAGCCAUCUCAAGCUGACAAGACUGAACUUACAGCCCCUUCCACCGUUGGCGACAGAUCCCAAGUUCUCGAGGAACUGGAGCCGGAGCCACUCGAAGAAGAUGACGCCACCGCGAAGCCCGAGUCCCUCAAGGACGAUGCGACAGAGGCCACUGAACAGGCAACCGAGAAGGCCCCCACCGAGGCUGGCACCCAGCAAGAGGACCUUCAAUCAAAGGUUCCCGACGACAUUGCAACCCUUGAUAUUCCUGUGUCCCAGAUUCCUAUGACUCUCAAGAGCGAGCUUCCCGACGAUCUCCAGACAGCCGACAUCCCCGUCUCUCAGAUCCCCUUCGAUGCUCAGACGAAGCUUCCCACCGAUCUUGUUUCUCAGCUUCCUGACGAUCUGAAGACCGUCACAUACGAAGACGACGACUUUCAGUCGAAGGUCCCCGAUGACAUCGCAACCCUCGACAUUCCCGUUUCCCAGAUCCCCAUGACUCUGAAGAGCGAGCUUCCGGAGGAUCUCCAGACGGCUGAUAUCCCCGUCUCCCAAAUCCCCUUCGACGCUCAGACGAAGCUCCCUACCGAUCUUGUUUCUCAGCUUCCUGAUGAUCUGAAGACUGUCACCCAGGAAGAUGACGACCUCAAGUCACAAGUCCCCGACGAUAUCGCGACUCUCGACAUACCCGUUUCUCAGAUCCCCAUGACUCUCAAGAGCGAACUCCCCGAGGAUCUCCAGACGGCCGACAUUCCUGUUUCUCAAAUCCCCUUCGACGCCCAAACGAAGCUUCCCACCGACCUUGUCUCCCAACUUCCUGAGGAUUUGAAGACUGGCGGCACCAGUGUCACCGACUGGGCCAGAGGUGCCUCUGAAGCGCAGUCCCAAACACAGCUCCCCACGGAUGCGCAAACCGGGGACAUCCCUGCGUCUCAGCUUCCCGAUGAAUUGCAGACUGAGACUGGCGAGACUGCAAAGACCGGCGAGACCGGUGUUACCAGGACCGUCAAGGAGGACACCCGUAGUGUUCUGAGCACAAUCCGUGACGCUAUUCCCACCGACCAGCGCACUGUUACCGUAGCUGGUGACAAGCUUCUGCAACCCUUCGAGAAGUUCCCCGGUGCGGAAAUCGACGACGAGGGCAAGGUUAUCUUCAACGACGCCUCCAUUGGCAGAGUUGCUGAGGGUGACCCUGCUGACCUGGCUGGUCACGUCAUCGACGCCGAGGGUAACAUUGUCAACGAGCGUGGCAGCAUCAUUGGCAAGGCCGAGCUGAACACCAUCGUUGCCGAGGAGUUGCUCAAGGACACCAUCGACUACGGUGUCCUCAAGGGUGCUACUGUCAACAAGGCUGGCAACUUGGUCAACGACAAGGGCGAGGCCAUUGGUCGUGUUGUGUCUGGCAUUCUGAAGCACCUCGUCGGUCGUAAGGCCAAUGAGAAGGGUGAGAUCUGGAACGACUCUGGCAAGGUCAUCGGCCAGGCUGAGCCUAUCCCCGAGACCGAGCGUGAGGGUCUCAGCGAGCCCGCCCCCUUCGAGGAUUUCCCUGGCGCUGUUGUCGAGUCUGAUGGCAACGUCUACUUCAAUGGCGAGAUCGUUGGUCGCCUGAUUGAGGGUGACCCGAAGAAGCUAAAGGGCAAGAAGGUUGAUGACGAAGGUGAUGUUCUCGAUCGCAGCGGCAAUACCAUCGGUAAGGCGGAGCGUUGGGAGCCCGAGCCCGAGCCUGAGCCGGAACCGGAAGAGGAGGUUGUUAUCGACAAGUCCAUCCUUGCUGGCAAGCGCGUCAACAAGGCUGGCAAUGUUGUCGACACCAAUGGCACCAUUUUCGGCCGCAUCGUCGAGGGCGAUGUCAAGCGUCUCGUCGGUCGCAUGUGCGACAAGGACGGAAACGUCCGCAGUGAGUCUGGCGACAUCAUCGGCAAGGCCGAGCUUGUGCCUGAGGGAGAGCGCGAGGGCUUUAAGGAGGGUCCCUUCGCCGAGCUUCCUGGCUGCACCGUCAACAAGGAGGGCCACGUUGUUACUCCGGGAGGAGACAUUGUUGGUCGCUUGAUCGAGGGCAACCCUAAGGUUCUCUUUGGCCGUGCCGUUGAUGAGGAUGGUGACAUUCUCGACCGCAACGGCAACCUUCUUGGCAAGGCCGAGCGAUGGGAGCCCGAGCCCGAGCCUGAGGUUGAGAAGAAGGUCGGCCCCAUGGAAGGCCGCAAGGUCAACCGCAAGGGUGAGGUCGUUGACGAGGAUGGCAACAUCAUCGGCAAGCUGACGACGGGUGAGUUGUCCAUCUGUGCCGGCAAGGAGAUUGACGGCGACGGUGAUGUCGUCGAUUCCAAGGGCCGCACCGUCGGACACUGCUCUCUCAUCGAGGACAUUCCCGAGCCUGAGGUCGAGGAGCCCCAAGAGGACCCCAACGAGGUCAAGGCUCGCGAGCAAGCUGAGGCCGACCGCAAGCUCGCCCAGUCUCUCGGUGCCGUCAUCGAGCAGGGUCUUGACCGCAUGCGUCCCAUCUGCAAGAUGAUUACGGGAAAGAUCGAGAAGGCUGAGCGCACCCCCAAGGAAGAACUUGAUGAGGAGCAGCUCGUGAAGGAUGUUAAGCCUCUCAUCGAGGAGGGUGGCAAGAUCCUCAGCGAAUUGAACGGCAGUGUCCGCGCCUUGGAUCCUGAUGGCAGAAUCCAGCGCAAUGCCAAGCACAAGUCCGGCACUCGUGAGGCUACUCCCGAGGAGCAUCACCUUGCUGAUGUCUUGAAGGAGUUGACUGGCGCCAUCACCGAGACGGUCGAGGGAGCCAAGCGCAAGAUUGAGGAUAUGCCUCACGCCAAGAAGGAGCUCAACCCUCUCUGGGGUCUCCUCACGGAGCCUCUUGGCCAGAUUCUUGCCGCCGUCGGUCUCCUCCUGGCCGGUGUUCUCAACCUAGUCGGCCGUCUUCUCGGCGGUCUGGGUCUCGGCGGUAUCGUCGACGGCCUUCUGGGCACCCUGGGUCUCAACCGCGUGCUUGACGGCCUAGGUCUCGGCAGCUUGACCACCGCCCUUCGUGGUGGCAAGAAGAAAUAA